GGCAAGAUGGCUCCCCAAGAGAAGUGACGCUCUCCAGACUUCGGCUCCGAGUGCUUCCACUCCAAAUCCUGCAAAAUAGCAACAUGGAGAGCUUGAAUUUGGACCGGAACAAGCUGAAACACCUCACGGGGAUUUCCAAACUCUGCAACUUGAAAAGGCUGAUUUUGUCUAAAAACAAUGUUACAGAUUUCCCAGAGGAAAUCAGGAACUUGGUCCAUCUGGAGAAGCUGGAACUCAAUCAGAACCAAAUCCGGGUUAUCCCAGAAGGUGUCUUUUCCUGUUUGCAAAAGUUGAAACAUCUCCGGCUGAACAACAACCGCUUAGAUGGCCUUCCCGAGGACCUGGCAGCCUGCAGUGGCGGUCUCCAGUACCUCAACCUAUCCAACAACCUGUUCCAAGCCAUCCCUUUGGUGGUCUUGGAGCUGAAAAGCCUGCAAGAGUUCUACGUGCAGAAUAACAUGCUGCGCCGGCUUCCCAUGAAGCUGUUCACAGAACUCCCGCUGAAAGCAUUCAAAGUCAGCGGGAACCCACUGAGGGAGCCUCCGUACGAAGUCUGUGCUGGAGGCAUCAGGCAGAUCAUCGGCUACUUCAGCCAGCUCCAGCACUGCCAGGCAGAGGAGGAGAGGCGAAUCAAGACCAUGUUCCUGGGCACAGCCUUAGCCGGGAAGUCAACCAUUUGCAGAAGCUUGAAGCAAAGGCAAAUUGUUCAACUGCCGGAGGAAGGGCGGACAGUUGGGAUUGAUAUUAGCGAGUUCCACAUCCAAGGCUUCAGCUUUCUCUUUUGGGACUUUGCUGGCCAGUUGGAAUACUAUAUGACCCACCACAUGUUCAUCACCCCACAGGCACUGGUCAUCCUGGUCAUUAACCUCCAGCAGUACCAGUUUAACAAUGACUCCUUUGAGGAACUCGUUGGAUUUUGGAUCAACAACCUCUUCAUGAGAGUGCCGAACUCUGUGAUCCUUCCCGUGGGAACUCACAUAGAUGCCUGUGGUGUGGGGGAGGUUGAAGAAAAGAAAGAGGACAUCAUGUGCAAGAUCCAGGCUAUGCUGGAGGAGAGAAAGGCCAACUUAGCCCAUCUCAUUGCUAACCUGGAGGAUAAUGAAGAAUCUGAGUUCUAUGUGGACCAGUGGAAUAGACUGAAGGAAAUGGAGAACUUUACCCUUACGAUUUUAGACCUUGUCCCAGUCAAUUGCAUGGAUUAUCAGGAUAUUAAGACCCUUGAAGGCAUCAUUUUGGAGCAUGUCAAGAAUGAAGAAAUAUUCCCCAAUGUUAUCCAAGUGCUUCCUCCGAUCUAUAAACACGUAGAAGCUGCAAUUGUGGAUGUUGUGCAAAAAAGUGAAGAGGUGGCCGAGCAUGGCAAGUAUCCUGAGCCUGAGCAUCUUUACUCUGAAGUUAGUCUCACUGUGUCCAGUAGAAUCUGCUUCUUAGGAAAUAUUCUGAGACUGGCCGGCUCGGUUGGAUCUCUCACAGUAGCUAUCAACAGGUCUUGUUCUGAUCCUUUAGGUAUAGUGGAUCUCGGUCUCUUACAUAGUGAGCUUUCCUGCCGGGAUCACUUGACCCACUUGGAUGGAGAACUUCUGCGCGACAUCCUGCGAUACCUUCACCGGAUUGGACUAAUUGUAUGGUAUGAAGAGGUCAAGCAGCUGGAAAGCACAGUGUUCCUACAUCCAGCCAUUCUGAUAACCGUUUUCAAAACUCUUGUCCGGUAUGGCCUGAAGCAGCAGCUGGAGAGCAUUUCUGUGGACAUCUUGAUAGGAGAACAUGCCACCCUCCGAGACCGGGCCACCUGGGUGUGGACCUUUAAGACGAAGGCCAUGCUGUCCCAGAAAGCCAUGCGUGCUUUGCUCAAGCAUCAGCUCUACUUGGAGGGCAUGAGGGAUGUCUUUGAGGAAAUGGUGGGCAGCAGAUUCCAGAAGGGGAAGCUCUUCACCUUGCUGGAGCACUUUGAGAUCUGCCUGGAGGUUCGAAAUGUGGAGGGACUAAAUCCUGCAGCUAAAGAAUUUGUGCCCGGGGAGCCAUGGGAUGCUAUGCAAGGCCCUGAGGAGGACGCACACUACUUAUUUCCCACCUAUCUCAACCGGACUGAGGAGGUCUCAGCAACGUGGGGAGGAGAUCACGUGGAGGACCUUCAGAUCCGCUUGUACUUUUCCCCUGAGAUACCAGAGGGCUUCUUCCAAAGACUCAUGGUGAAAGCUUGCUCCUUUUUCUCAACACACUGGGUUGCAAAAGCGAUAUGCCUGCUCAUAUGCAGUGGCAAACCUUUACUGAUCAAAGCAAACAGCCAAAAAGGAUAUAGCUAUAUUGAACUCAGGUGCAGAAAACCAGCCGACAGAGGAGGAUUCCAGUUAGUGUGGGACUUCAUCAUGACAAUAAUCUUCAUCAACCAUAAACUCUUGGAGGAGUGGCCUGGACUCCACCUUUGUGUAAAGGCACCUUGUCGGACAGCUGGAUGUCCUGCCGAAUUUGUCUGGCCAGAUGUGGAUGGCAAGAGCACAGUGACCAAAGAAGAAAUUAAAACAUGUGGAAUUUGUGCACAUCGGUUUGAAACGGAGCUGCUGUUACCCAAAGUCCCAAGCGAACAAAGCACCCCUCAGGUUCCUGCACAGUAUUACAUCACCAGCUAUGGGAACGCUGCCUUUGGAUCCAGCACGGUCCACGUGGAGAGCAAGAAUAUCAUCGACAAAUGACAACAGCCAUGUAAGACAACUCACUGGCCAAAAUCUUUCCUGAAGUGCUGUG